UUCUCGUAGGUUGUGUGGGAAAUAGACAUUCUCCAUUUUGAAAAUCGUAUAGUUUAUUUGGUCCAUUAAAAAGUCAUUAAAAUAACGCGGCAGGGAGCCAUGAUUUGAAAACCUAUAAAACAUAACCACUUGCCUCUUCUUCUUCUUGAGCAAUGAGCAAAAUUCUUAUACGAAACAACUCAUAAUAAUGGAAUGGCAAGACAUAAAUUGGUGGAACGACUUGUGGGUGAUAUCUCUUUCAACAAUUCAUCCCCUUUCUCCAAGCUCUUGGAUUCAUGCCUUCGAUCAAAGAGCCCGCACGACACUCGUCGCGUUCACGCUCGCAUCAUCAGGUCCCAGUUCUCUUCGGAAAUCUACAUCCAAAACAGGCUCAUUGAUGUAUAUGCCAAAUGUGGGGAUUUGGAUUAUGCCCGCAAGGUGUUCGAUAGAAUGCCCCACAGAAAUGUAUUCACUUGGAAUUCGAUCUCAUCUGCGUUACUGAAAGGAGGUUUUGUUGAUGAUGCUGUGACAAUUUUCAGUUUGAUGCCUGAGCGUGACCAGUGCUCAUGGAAUUUGAUGCUUUCGGGGUUUGCACAGCAUGAUAGGUUUUAUGAAGCUUUGGAGUUUUUCGUCAAGAUGCAUAGAAAAUAUUUUGUGCUUAAUGAGUAUUCAUUUGGUAGUGCUCUUAGCGCCUGUGCGGGGUUAAUGGACCUCAAAUUAGGUACCCAAAUACAUGGUUUGUUAGAAAAAUCGAGGUAUUUGUCUGAUGUUUAUAUGGGGUCAGCGCUUAUUGACAUGUAUGGUAAAUGUGGGUGUGUGGGUUGUGCCCAGCUGGUCUUUGAUGGGAUGAGAGAGAGGAAUAUAGUUUCUUGGAAUAGUUUGAUUACUUGUUAUGAGCAAAAUGGUCCAGCAAGUGAAGCUCUUGAAAUUUUCCUGAGAAUGAUCGAUUGUAGGAUUGAAGGGGAUGAGGUGACACUUGCUAGUGUUGUUAGUGCUUGUGCAAGCUUGGCAGCAAUCAAAGAGGGUCGGCAAAUUCAUGCAUGUAUUGUGAAGUGUGACAAAUUUAGAUUUGAUCUUGUUUUGGGAAAUGCAUUGGUUGAUAUGUAUGCGAAAUGUGGUAAGAUUAAUGAAGCUAGAUUUGUUUUUAAUAGGAUGCCAUUCAGGAAUGUAGUGUCUGAAACCUCUAUGGUUACUGGGUAUGCAAAGGCAUCCAGUGUCAGAGCUGCAAGGCUAAUGUUUACAAAGAUGAUGGAGAGGAAUGUAGUAUCUUGGAAUGCACUUAUUGCAGGAUAUACACAGAACGGGGAGUAUGAAGAGGCACUUGGACUCUUCUGCCUUCUUAAGAGGGAGGCUGUUUGUCCAACCCACUACACGUUUGGAAAUCUACUCAAUGCUUGUGCAAAUCUUGCUGAUCUGCAGCUUGGAAGACAAGCACACACUCAUGUUGUGAAGCAUGGAUUUCGGUUUCAGUCAGGGAAAGAGCCUGAUGUAUUCGUGGGGAAUUCUCUCAUAGAUAUGUACAUGAAAUGUGGAUCGGUUGAAGAUGGCAUCCGUAUUUUCGAAACCAUGGUGGAAAGAGAUUGGGUCUCUUGGAAUGCCAUGAUAAUAGGGUAUGCACAAAAUGGUUAUGGUACAGAGGCUCUUCAAUUAUUCAAGCAAAUGUUGGUGUUGGGAGAGAAACCUGACCAUGUCACCAUGAUUGGUGUUCUGUGUGCUUGUAGCCAUGCGGGGUUGGUUGAAGAAGGACGUAACUACUUUGUCUCAAUGACUGAGGAUCAUGGUUUGGUGCCACUCAAGGAUCAUUAUUCUUGCAUGAUUGAUUUACUUGGUCGAGGUGGUUGCCUUGAUGAAGCUAAAGAUUUGAUUGAGAAAAUGCCAAUGCAGCCUGAUGCUGUUAUAUGGGGGUCUAUGCUUGCUGCUUGUAAAGUUCACUGCAACAUCAAGUUAGGGGAAUAUGUGGCAGAAAAGCUUUUAGAAAUCAAUCCUGGCAGUUCUGGUCCUUAUGUGCUUCUCUCAAACAUGUAUGCUGAGCUUGCAAGAUGGGGGGAUGUUGUAAGAAUAAGGAAAUUGAUGAAGAAGCGAGGAGUAAUGAAGCAGCCAGGUUGUAGUUGGAUUGAAGUCCAGGGUCAAGUUAAUAUUUUCAUGGUGAAAGACAAAAGACAUCCUCUAAAGAAAGAAAUCUAUUUGGUCUUGAAAAUUCUUACAAAACAGAUGAAAAGAGUUGGGUAUGUCCCAAAUGCUGGUGAUUAUGGCGCUCAUGAGGAGGAGGACAUAUCCAAAUCAUCAUCAUAUUGCCAAACAGAUCUUCCAAUUGAUGCAGCUGUAGGCUAAUUUUCAACUUUUGGUUUUUUUUUGGUAAGAACACAUGAUCAAUUCGAUAACAUGAUUAUAGAAAGAAAUAUGAAGAAAUAACGACUUUUCUGGUAAAUGUUAUCCUUGAACCAAUUUAGUGUAUUGUAUAUCUUGGCUUUUGUUUUCCGGUCAA